GGAAGAGCUGGACGAAGUGGCUGGGGAGAGGGAAGUCUGGGCUUCUCUGCUUAGGCUGCUGCCCCCGCGACCCGACCUCGGAUAAGCGGAAGAAGAUGGAUGGAUGGAUGGAUGGAAUGAUUUUGGCGGUGCACUCAAAGGUCAAAACAACCCAGUUAUUAAAAAGUGCACGCCGAGCAUUUUAACAUAAUAUAAUUAUGUUUUAAAAGCCGGAUAAAUUAUCUGUUUUUAUGUAUUAGUUGGAAGCUUAUCGUGUCGAAAAAUGACAUUUUUAAUAAAACGAUUACAAGUCGUGUUUCUUCCCCAAAUGGCAGGGCGGAAAUGUCUGCGAGGGGGCGGAACUUGUGUCAAGUCGGAAUGAUUUUGGCGGUGCACGCAAAGGUAAAAACAACCCAGUUAUUAAAAAGUACGCGCUGUGCAUUUUAAUAUCAUAUAAUUAUGUUUUAAAAGUCGGCUAAAUCCUCAAUUUUUAUGUAAUGGUUGAAAGUACAUCAUGUCGAAAAAUUACCUUUUUUUAUUUUAUUUUAUAAACCUUUAUAUUAUUAAACAAUUGAGAAAUAAUACUCACAAUAAGUACAAAAACAGUACAAAACAGCACAAGGGGGUUGUAAACUCAAUAAAGUAACUAAAAGCUUCUGCGAGGGGCGGAACUUGUGUCUAGCCGGAAUGAUUUUGGCGGUGCACUCAAAGGUCAAAACAACCCAGUUAUUAAAAAGCGUGCGCCGUGCAUUUUAACAUCAUAUAAUUAUGUUUUAAAAGAUGACUAAAUUCUCAGUUUUUAUGUUUUAGUUGAAAGUCUGUCAUGUCGGAAAAUGACCUUUUUCCGGAGUCGUCGGGCCAGCGUGUGACGGAGAGGAGCAGCAGCCGGCUGGGAGUGAUGGUGACCGGGCUGCUGGGCGGAUCACUGCUCGCUGUGUACGCGCUCACUACACCCUUCCUGGCCCCGGCCUGGAGGAAAGUCUGCCUACCGUUUGUCCCUGCGACCCCCGCACAAGUGCAGAAUGUCCUCCGUGCACUGCGGGCCAGGUCGGGCACUCUGGUGGACAUUGGCAGUGGAGAUGGAAGGAUCGUGAUCGCAGCAGCAAGGCGUGGAUUUCAGGCAUCGGGCUUUGAGUUGAACCCCUGGCUGGUGUGGUACUCUCGCUACAAGGCCUGGAGGGAAGGAGUACACCACUCCACCGCCUUUCACAUCUCAGACUUAUGGAAGGUCAGCUUUGCACAAUACUCCAAUGUUGUCAUAUUUGGAGUGCCUCAAAUGAUGGACCAACUGGAGCUGAAGCUGGAGAAGGAGUUACCCAGAUGCGCUAAGGUGGUGGCCUGCAGAUUCCCCUUCCCCAACUGGGUCCCUGAACACACCGCCGGGGAGGGCAUAGACACCGUGUGGGUGUAUGAAGCCGGGUCCUUUAAGUCUCACACGGCCGAGGAACACGACGUCACACUUUUGAAAGGACAGAAAAUGAAAGUGAAGUGAAGGACCAGCAGUUGAUGAACAAGAGAGGACCUAAGAUGGAGCCUUGAGGAACACCACUAAUGUAACUGACUGCAUGUGAAGUAAACACGUAAGUUCCAUACAUCACAUUGUUUGAAACAUUUCAAAAGGAGAGGACUUAAAGGUGUGCCUUGAGGAACGCCUCAGUUACGUCAAUCCCAAGUUUGGACCCCAGGGUUCUACGUUGGCUAGCAAGUUUCAAAUGUUUGAUCAUUUUCAUUUUCAAAACCAAUACAAGAUACACAUUUUUUUUUGAACCAUUAGGGCUCCCCUCAAGUUGCUAGGUCUUACUAUAACAUUUUUCAAAAUAAGCUUAAAUCUCUAGAUCAGCGGUGUCCACAUUUUUUUCCAGUGAGGGGCCCCGUAAAUAAAAAUUGAAGGACGCAGGGCCCACUUUGAUACAUUUUGUACAAUAAAAAAACUAGAAGGAAUGCGAAUCAAUCAAUAUAUGCUAAACUAUCUCAACACAGCUUCGUUUUAUCAGUAACAAAUCAUAUUCGACAAAUUAUGCCCUAAAUUUAACAUUUUCAACCAUAAAAAUGGCUAAAUCAAGUAAAAAUAGCGAUUCUACAGUAGCAUUGGCCACUAGAUGAUCAUUUUAAAGCCAAAUGUACAUGAAACAUGCUAACUGUUAGCAUGCAUACACUUUUUUGAUUGAUUGAUUGAGACUUUUAUUAGUAGAUUGCACAGUACAGUACAUAUUCCGUACAAUUGACCACUAAAUGGUAACACGUUAAUCCACGUUAAUCAACUUCAUAGUCAUAACUUGAUACUUGACGCAUUCGAGCUGUUAGCAUGCCAACGUUAGCAUUUAAGUUCGGCUCCACAUUUCAAUUUGACUAGAAAUGGCAUAUUCUAGUUUUUUUUUUGUAUUGUUGUAAUGUUUAUUUUGUCUUUAAAAUGUGUCGUCGACCAAUUAAAAACCCCGCACUUUGGACACCUUUGCUCUAGAUCGACUUUAAAACUGUCUGUGGAUAUAAAUGAGUAUUUAUUUUUUGACUGUUUGAAGCCCUUUUUGUUACAGAAAACCGUUUUUUUUAAUGGCAAAAACACAAAAUAUGCAACAUUUCACCCUCCUCCAAAGUUUUAAAAGUGAAAUAAUUGAUGUGAAGUAAUUUGAGCAGUAAAUAGCUCAAAAAUUGUUAUUUUUUUCUUUGAUUCAUUAUUUUUGAGCAAUAACAGUUAAAAAAAAAAAAUCAUAAUAAAAUCCUCAAGGAUACAAAAGUGUUAAAAAUGAGUCGUACAUUAUUUAAAUUUGUAUUUACGUCAAAACCCUUAUAUCUCGAGAUCAACUUCAACGUCUACCUGUCGAUUAUAAACCUUUUUAUUGUUGUUUAAAUGUUUUUUGUUUGUUUGUUUAAUGCCAUUUUUUCAUGGAGAAUCUUGUUUUUUUAUGGCAAAAAAAUAUUUCAAAUUGAAAAUAUUUGGAGCCUAAUUCAUAACGACGUUGAUUUUGACAGUUUAAUCUAUAAUCAACGGUCAAUUUUUUAAUAGUCUUUUUUUAUUUAUGAACAUUUAAAAAACAGAACAUAUUUAGUUUAUUUGAAUUUUAUUUUGAAAUGAAAUUGGGUCUUUUUUUUCUGGCUUUAAAGCGGAGGUGUCAAAGUGGUUUUCACUGAGGGCCACAUGGCAGUUAUGUUUGGCCCCGCCUCUAACACUCAAUACUAUUAUUACACCAUUUUUUAAUGCAUUUUAUUAGUAGAUUUUUUUCAAACUAAAAUGUGAAAAAAAAAAUGGUACGUUGCAAUAAUUUCACUUCAAAAUGUAGUGUAUAUUACUGUAAAUGGAAAAAGAGUACUGCUGUUUUUAUGGUAAUGUUACUGUAAAAUGUACAUUUGGUUUUUUUACUGCAAAUUAAAAAAAAUGCAAUUUUACAGUAAAAUGUUUUUAUUUUCAACAACUAUAUAUUUUUGGGGUGUAUUACUGUAAAUGCCAAAAUAGCACCAUAGUUUAUUACAGUAAAAAAAAGUAGUUUUUUUCAUUUAGAGAAAAAUGCUGUAAAAACCACAGUAAAUUUCACAAUUUGACCAUAAAAUCUAUUGCUACUUUUACAUUGCACAAUUUGAUGGAUAAUUUGCUUUGAAAUCAUUAUUAUUAGUAUUUAUUCCUAUUUAAAAAAUUGUUUGAAUGUUUGAUCAUAUAUUUUUGCAUAAUUAGACAAUAUUUAAGUUAAAGUACAUAUAUUUCCCCCCCCCCAAAAUAGACAGAAAGAAUACAUUUAGUAAGAAAAGUUACAGUACUUUAUUGAUACAUAUUAUUUCCAGGGCCACACAAAAUGAAGUGGCGGGCCACAUCUGGCCCCCGGGCCUUGAGUUUGACACCUGUGACCUAGAUGAAGAACGCACAUAGACACAUUUAAUGCAAUGUGAUAGAUAAAAAGAAAGUUUGUUGGAAACAAACUAAAUAGUAAAAAUGAGGUUUGCAGAGUGCAGUUUCUGGAAAGGCAGAUCGAUAUCUCAAAGUAAAGUGAAACCAAAACCCAACAACUCUACUAAGUCUAAGUCUUUCAAUGAAUGGCAUUUUUGCCAUUUUAUAAAACUGUAAUAUUAACAAAUAAAACCUUCAACAUGAUUUUCAAGAUUGGUGAUGCAAAGGUGAAAGUUUCCUUAUGUCCAGACUCUAGGGACAACCUGUAGAAAGCAAAAUCUAAUUGGACACGCUUAGCUUUGAAACAUGUGUAACGAUGACAUCAGCGUUCUAAAUAAACAAUUUAUUCCUAAGAACUGGUGUCUGGUCUGUAAGGGAGCCUACCUGGAAAGGACAGGACUUGUGGCUAUUUUGGACGAAUCCAAUUAUGUCUCCGCUAAUUCACACGGUUUUAACGGUCUGUGAAGCAAAGGGGAGGAUUACCACAUUAUUACCUCCAACCUUUUUAAAGAACGUUAAAUAUUUUCCAGCUUUAUCAAUCCAAAUCACAAUAAUCAAAUCAUUUUCAUCAUAAGACCUUCUGGAGGAAAGUUCUGUGGUCAGAUGAAACAAAAAGUGAGCUGUUGGGCCACAAUACCCAGCAAUAUGUUUGGUGAGGCCUUUAAUCCCAGGAACACCAUGCCUACCGUCAAGCUUGGUGGUGGUAGUAUUAUGCUCUGGGCCUGUUUUGCUGCCAAUGGAACUGCUGCUUUAAAUGGGACAAUGAAAAAGGAGGAUUAGCUCCAAAUUGUUCAGGACAAGCUAAAAUCAUCAGCCCGGAGUUUGGGUCUUGGGCGCAGUUGGGUGUUCCAACAGGACAAUGACCCCAAAAGUGGUAAAGGAAUGGCUAAAUCAGGCUAGAAUGAAGGUUUUAGAAUGGCCUUCCCAAAGUCCUGACUUAAACGUGUGGACAAUGCUGAAGAAACAAGUCCAUGUAAGAAAAGCAACACAUUUAGCUGAACUGCACCAAUUUUGUCAAAAAUUCAAGCUUGCCAGAAGCUUACUAAAAGCGCCUUAUUGCAGGUAAACUUGCCAAGGGACAUGUAAGCAAAUAUUAACAUUGCUGUAUGUAUACUUUUGACCCUCACAUUUUCAGUAGACCCAUAAUAAAUUCAUAAAAGAAGCAAACUUCAUGAAUGUUUUUUGUGACCAACAAGUAUGUGCUCCAAUCACUACAUCACAAAAACAUAAGAGUUGUAGAAAUGAUUGGAAACUCAAGACAGCCAUGACAUGAUGUUCUUU